AUGAUCCUUCUGGUAGCAGCAACUCUUUCCAUAAUAACCCUAACCAUCAUCGUCAUCACUGUAACCCUAACCAGAACCAAACCUUCAUCACCACCAAAAACCCUAAUUCCACCAGGCCCUCCAGGGCUGCCAUUGCUGGGCAACCUCCACCAGUUCAUGGCAGCAGCAAACAAACCUCACAUUCACCUAUGGCAUCUCUCCCAAAAAUACGGUCCAAUUAUGCAAAUGAAGCAAGGCCAGACGCCAUUGCUCGUAAUCUCAUCCCCAAAGCUCGCCAAAGAAGCCCUCAAAACACAAGAACUCUCCUUCUCCAGCCGCCCCCGCCUCCUUGGCCAGUCGAAGCUCUCCUAUGGCUGCCUCGACAUCGCCUUCGCACCUUACGGAAAUCACUGGAGGGAGAUGAGGAAGAUCUCGAUCGUCCAUCUCCUCAGCUUAAAAAAGACCAAAUCUUUUCGAUCAGUCCGAGAGGAUGAGGUGUUCUUGAUGGUUAAUAGGUUGUCGGAAUUGGCAUCUUUGGGGGAAGCUGUGAACCUUAGUGAAAUGGCUAUGAGCCUUUUCAGUAAUUUGAUAUGUAGAGUUACUUUCGGGGAGGGUUGCGAGUCGAGAAGAUUCGAUGAUCUUUUGCACGAGGCUCAGGCAAUGAUGGCUGCUUUCUUUGUGUCGGAUCACUUUCCAUGGUUUGGAUGGAUCGAUAGAUUGUCCGGUUUGAUGGAUAGGCUUGAGAGGACUUUCGAGAAGUUGGAUGGGUUCUAUCAAGAGAUCAUCGACAAGCAUCUUGAUCCCGACCGGGUGAAAAAGAUCGGCGAGGAGAUCGAUGUUCUUGAUGUGUUGAUUCGGCUUAAGGAAAACGAAUCUUGCUCGGUUGAUCUAAGUUGGGAUUGUAUAAAGGCUUUGAUAAUGAACUUCUUUGUCGCGGGGACGGAUACAAAUUCAGCCUCCACCGUAUGGACAAUGACGGCGCUAUUGAAAGCACCGAGGGUAAUGAAGAAACUUCAAAGAGAAAUCCGGGAUUCGCUAGGUCAAAAAUCUCUAGUAGACGAAGAUGAUAUCGAAAAGCUUCCAUAUCUAAAGGCGGUUGUAAGUGAAUCGUUGAGGUUAUAUCCACCCGCCCCAUUGCUCGUCCCAAGAGAGACUAUCGCCAAAUGCACAUUGGAUGGAUAUGAAAUCGAACCAAAAACAAUUGUAUAUGUCAAUGCGUGGGCCAUUGCAAGAGAUCCCGAGUAUUGGGAAAGUCCCCAUGAGUUUAAGCCGGAGAGGUUCUUGAACAACAAUGUAAGUGUUCGAGGGCAAGAUUUCGGGGUCAUUCCAUUUGGAUCGGGUCGAAGAAUUUGCCCCGGCAUGUCUAUGGGGCUCGCCAAUGUGGAGCUCACCGUCGCGAAUCUUGUAUACGCUUUUGAUUGGGAUCUUCCUCCCGGAGUUAAACCGGAAAGUGUCGAUGAAGAUAGUUUGCCUGGACUCGCUAUGCAUAAAAAAAAUCCUCUUCUCGUUGUUCCUAAAAAACCGAGUAUAAGCGUGGGGCGUGAUUAG